GACGAGUCCUCGCAAUUUGCCUGUGACACCGAGAGGAGAAUGAAUGGUCAUGUAAAGAGUAUGCAUUUUGGACAGUUUAUGGAACCAGCAACAAGUAAGUUUUAUUACAUUUGUGAUGUGAUGUGUGUACUUUCAUGUGGGGAGGAAGACACCACUCAAUCUUUUUGUGUUUUUGCAUGCACCGGUGAUUCUUUUUUGUGAGUUUGUGCAUAAAAUCUGACUGAAGUUUGAUAUCAAUAUACAAACUACUUAAGAGUUUCUUUAAAUGUUUUGUAUUUAAUAGUUUCUUUGGAAGUAUUUAGUGAGAAUGACAGUGUUGUAAAGUGUCAAACAUGGCUGUGAAUGAAGCACAUUAAUGUAAAAAUGUGUUAACUUGUUGUGUAGAUGGUUUCUUUUUCAUGCGCUUAAUGUACAAGUGAAGAAUCUAUUUUUAUCCCUCCUGCCCUCCUCUUGUGGCUUUUCGUCGAAGUUCCCCUCACCAACGGGAUGUAGGAUAACCUAAACUAACCAGUUUCCUUUCUCCUCAGCAUUACUCUCUCUGCUGCUGCUUAUGGCUGUUGAUUCAACACGAACUGUGGCAGCAAGCAGAAACCAGCAGUGUGGGAAUUCUCUGCAACAGACUCUGAAACUUACGAGACUCAUACAGAAGGAAUCUGUCGACUUAAUCAAAACAUAUGUGAGUACAGACGUACAUCUGCUGUGUCUUGGCUUUUUCAGUGUUGACCUUUUUACCUUUUCAUAAGCUGACUGUUCCUCAGAGCGUCUUGUUCCUCUCCAAAAUGUUUGAAUGAAACGUUUUGUGCUUUUUGUGUCUGCAGAAAACCUCUCAAGGAGAAAUGUCAGAGCUUCUGUGCAAAGUGGCGGUCCCCAGCAUCCCUGACCCCAACAUCUCAGGCCUGGAGCCCUCUGAGAGGAUAGUGAGCAUCUACACUCACAUCCGGGCCUUCCUCCCUCAUAUUAAACGUGUUUAUGAGCAGCAGACGGACUUACAGUUGCCCACCAGCCCGGUGCUGACUGGGCUGCUCCGUGUCAGUACUCGCAGCAACAGCCUGGCUACUCUCAUAAACAACUUCUAUCAGAGUCUCUUCCCGAAUGUCCCCAUCCCAGAGCCGGCAGGAGGGCCGACAGAACUACCUCCGCCUCAGAAUGUGUUCCAGCAGAAAGUUUACGGAUGUGCGGUGCUGAAAACCUACAAGGAGCUCCUUGCAAACAUCUCCAGAGAACUGAGAACUCUAAAAAGCAAAGUGUGCAGAAACAGGAGACAAAUCAACAUGCUCUUCUUCUGAGGAUGACCUAAGGCUGGCCUUAGACGCUCAGUUCCAUCAUAUCUUAUACUCAUGUGUUCGAGUGUAAUUGAGUAUGAAGGUGGCUGGUACAUCAGAGUAAUGACGCCUAUUUAUGGUAUUUAAUAUUUAUUUUUUGUUUGGUUAUAAUAAGAGGUCAAGAAUGUAAAGGAAAACAUGCUUCAUUGUGUAAUAAUACAUAGUUCCUAUUUGCUGCUGCAAACUUUUUGGCUGUAAAAGUAAUAAAAGUUCAUUUUCAGCUUUA